GGACGCGAAAAGGCUCCAAACUUCCGGUGCCUGCGGAGCGCGGAGCGGUGGUGGCACAGAGAGAGGCUGCACUGAGAGAGGCUGCGCGGGCAGAGGCUGCAGAGCGGACGCGCGGUCCGUCGCAGCCAUGGUGAAGAUCAGCUUCCAGCCCGCGGUGGCCGGCAUCAAGGGCGACAAGGCCGACAAGGCUUCGGGCUCGGCCUCGGCCCCGGCGCCCGCUCCGGCCGCCGAGAUCCUGCUGACGCCGGCUCGGGCCUGCACCGUGGGCACCACUGGGUCACACGACAGGAGUGGGGUUUCACUGAUGGAGGAGCGGCCCCCCCACCACCGCUACAAGAAGGGCGGCUCCGUGGGCGGCGUGUGCUACCUGUCCAUGGGCAUGGUCGUGCUGCUCAUGGGCCUCGUGUUCGCCUCCGUCUACAUCUACAGAUACUUCUUCCUCGCUCAGCUGGCCCGAGACAACUUCUUCCACUGCGGCGUCCUCUACGAGGACUCCCUGUCCUCCCAGGCCCGCACGCGCAUGGAGCUGGAGGAGGACGUGAAGAUCUACCUCGAGGAGAACUACGAGCGCAUCAACGUCCCUGUGCCCCAGUUUGGUGGCGGCGACCCCGCAGACAUCAUCCAUGACUUCCAGCGGGGUCUCACCGCCUAUCAUGACAUCUCCCUGGACAAGUGCUACGUCAUCGAGCUCAACACCACCAUCGUGCUGCCCCCUCGCAACUUCUGGGAGCUGCUCAUGAACGUGAAGAGGGGGACUUACCUCCCGCAGACAUACAUCAUCCAGGAGGAAAUGGUGGUCACAGAGCACGUCAGCGACAAGGAGGCCCUGGGCUCCUUCAUCUACCACCUGUGCAACGGGAAGGACACCUACCGGCUGCGGCGCCGGGCCACCCGGAGGCGGAUCAACAAACGAGGGGCCAAGCACUGCAACGCCAUCCGCCACUUCGAGAACACCUUCGUGGUGGAGACGCUCAUCUGCGGCGUGGUGUGAAGGCCCCUCCCCCAGGCCCCGUCCCACCCUCUCUCUUUUUCUCUUCCGGCCGCUCUCUGGCCCUCCUUCCCCUCGCUUAGCUUGUAUUUUGGACACCUUUCCAUAGAUGUGACGUGUCUCCCCGUUGCUCUCUAGCCCUACACGCCUCCCUGUACCAGAGCUGUGACCUCUCAAGGCCUCCACCUCUGCUGACCUCCCCGGUCGGGGGGAUGGACGGGAUGCCCCAAGGAGGUUUCUUUGACCACCAUCUGGAGGUCAGGUCCAUGGGGGCCGGGCCCACAGCUGCACCGACAGCCCAAGGAGAAGGGCUGGGCAGAAGGGCCAGGCAUGUUGGGGUUCUGGCGGGGGGAGGGAUGUAGAGUGGGGUUCAGGAAUGUCUGCACAGCUGGAAAAGUCCCGAAAGGCCUUUUCCUUGCACGGUACACUUCCUCCUCUGUUCCGAUUCUGGGGCCUGAGCUGAGGGUGGUGGAAUGUGCCCCAGGAUGGACCCACCCAGAGCACAAGGGGUCUCCCCAGGAUUCCUGUCAGUGCCUUCAGCCCACCAGCGGGAGCCUGGAAUUUGGGGGUGGGGGUGGGAUGAGUCCGGCAAGCACAAUCUUUAGGGUGGAACCAAAGAAGGGAGGAGCCAGGGCCCCCAGCCCUGGCCCCCCCAGGAGCACAAGCUGGGUCCCCGCAGCCACAGCCACAGAGAAACGGGCAGGAGAUGGGGGGUCUCUUCCCAUCCUGUCCACAGGCAGCCCUACCCUGCUGAGCACUGAGCCGGGAUGCACUUGGGGCUGUGGGUCCUGCUGAGCGGGUGGGGCUCACUGCGUUCUCCAGCUUAGAGCUGUCUUAGAAGAUCACUGGGGGAAGGGGAGGGAGAGCCACCUGGUACUUGCACACCCUGCCUCCUCUUUGUUCUGAAAUUCCGUCCCCCUCUGCUCUGGGGGAAUGCAGCGUUUUUUUCCUUUUCCUUCUCACUUUUGCAUGUUUUUACUGAUCAUCCGAUAUGCUAACCCCGUUCUCAGCCCUGAGCCCUGAAGGGGAGGGCUCUGACGCCUCCAGUCAGACCUAGGUGCUCUCUGGAGAUGAAACUUUUAAGUGCUUUGUAUAUUUUCUCAAUUAGAUCUCUUUUCAGAAGUGUCUGUAGAACAAUAAAAAUCUUUGACUUCUGA